AUGGAGCAUGGUGACAAAGAAGACCAAACCACAAAGUUCAACAAAUAUGCCUUUGCUUGUGCCAUGGUCGCUUCAGUGGUAUCCAUCAUAUCUGGUUAUGAUACUGGUGUUAUGAGUGGUGCCAUGCUAUUCAUAAAGGAAGAUAUCGGAAUCAGCGAUACCCAACAAGAGGUUCUAGCAGGAAUCUUAAACCUAUGCGCAUUGGUGGGAUCCUUAACUGCUGGAAGAACAUCUGAUUACAUUGGUCGCCGUUACACAAUCUUCUUGGCCUCUAUCCUCUUCAUGCUAGGUGCAGUUCUCAUGGGUUAUGGUCCAAACUAUGCAAUUUUAAUGAUUGGAAGGUGUGUUUGUGGUGUUGGUGUAGGAUUUGCCCUUAUGAUAGGACCAGUUUACUCUGCAGAGAUUUCCUCUGCAUCAUCAAGGGGUUUUCUAACAUCCUUACCAGAGCUUUGUAUUGGUUUUGGGAUUUUACUUGGCUAUGUGUCAAACUACUUCUUGAGGAAAUUGACCUUGAAACUUGGAUGGAGAUUGAUGCUUGGUAUCGCAGCAUUUCCUUCACUUGUCGUGGCUUUGGUUAUUCUAACAUUGCCAGAGUCUCCAAGGUGGCUAGUGAUGCAUGGUCAUUUAGGAAAAGCCAAGAAGGUCCUAUAUCAAGUUUCUAAUACCACACAAGAGGCUGAACUUCGUUUCAAGGAAAUAAAAGUUGCUGCUGGUUUUGAUGAGAAUUGCAAUGAUGAGAUCGUGAUGAAAAAGUCCAACCAUGGUGAAGGGGUUUGGAAAGAGUUGCUUGUUAGGCCCACACCUUCUGUUCGUUGGAUGCUGAUUGCAGCGAUUGGGAUUCACUUCUUUGAGCAUGCAACUGGGAUUGAAGCUGUUAUGUUAUAUGGCCCAAGAAUCUUUAAGAAAGCUGGUGUUACAAGUAAGGACAAGCUCUUGCUUGCAACGAUUGGAAUAGGCCUUAUAAAGGUCACUUUUUUGACAAUAGCAACAUUCUUGCUUGACAAAGUUGGUAGAAGACGCCUCUUGCAAAUAAGCACUGUAGGAAUGGUUUGUGCUCUUACAGUUUUAGGUUUCAGCUUAACUAUGGUAGAUCAUUCCAAUGAAAAGCUCUUUUGGGCUUUGAGUCUUAGCAUUGUGGCCACAUACACCUAUGUUGCUUUUUUUAAUAUUGGGCUUGCACCAGUCACAUGGGUCUAUAGCUCUGAGAUAUUCCCUUUGAGGUUGAGAGCACAAGGAGCAAGUAUAGGAGUUGCAGUGAACAGGACCAUGAAUGCUGUUGUUUCCAUGACUUUUAUUUCAAUCUAUAACGCAAUCACUAUAGGUGGGACCUUUUUCAUGUUUGCUGGUUUGUCUGUAUUGGCUUGGGUUUUCUUCUAUAUUUUCCUUCCUGAAACCAAAGGCAGGGCUUUGGAAGACAUGGAGAUGCUUUUCAGCAAAAAUUCCAUUAGUAAAAAUGUAGCAACUGAAAAAGUUGAUCCAAGACAGGAUGCGUAG